UUUUAGUGACACCCUCCACUCUCUUGUUGGAUAUAUUAACAGCUUUUAUUACGGAUCUAACGAACAAGGAUUAGAAACAUGGAUCUAGGUGACAGAGUUUACGCCGCGGAACGGAUUAUAAAGAAGAGGGAAAAGCGGGGCAAAGUAGAAUACUUCGUAAAAUGGAAAGGAUGGAGCAAAAAACACAACACAUGGGAACCCGAAGAAAACAUUUUAGACGUCAGGUUAAUUGAAUUAUACGAAGAAAGUCAAAAAGGUGGAGAUGUGACUGCAAGGAGACCUAGGCGGAGGGAUACUAGAUAUAGCGAACACGUUCUGGCAAACUUGGUCGUCGAGGAAGAGCCCGGCGGAGACGAGAGAGUCGGAGAAGAUAGUCAAGAUGAAUCAACUAUCGGUAGCACCUCCGCGCCUCGCCUAAAUCCCGUUGCACCUGACGAAGACACGCUUCCGAGUUCCGUCGACGGGCACGAAUCGCCAACAGCCCCAGAAUUAUCUGCAUCCGCGUUCAGUGUUGAUUCAGAUUGUUCCAAUAGUAGUAUAGACAGUCCUCUACUGCCUAGGAGAGAACCGACUGGUACGAAAAGAAAGGCCGAGGUUCUCAGCAAAGAAUCGGGAAAAAUUGGUGUUACCAUUACUACGAGCAGUCCAAGCAGCGGUAGUGGAAGUCCUCCUCCAAACAAAAUACCUCGACUAUUGCCCCUGAAGAGUAAUCCAACGUCUCCCUCUUAUCACAGUCACAAGGUAAACGGCAGGAGGCCGUCAUCGUCAAGCGUGAAGUCGACACCGGAGGAACCGCUGCCAGCAGUGCCGACGACACCAGCUCCAGCGGUGCAAGAGAAAAAGCGUGCCGAAGCUGACGUGCCUCACGGUCCUCCACCCUCGCUGCCUCGUGCACCGCCAGCACCUCUCUCCCCCCAGAUAGACACGCCUCUGGAACAGCCUACCAAAAAGAGGCACUUGUCUGAGCAAAAACAAGAGAAGUCGAACGGAGCUGUGACAGUAGACGCGAACGGUCACAAGUCACCUAGCCCUACGGAUUCAUAUACAAACAACAACAGGUUACCGACCGUCGUCAAUGGGCAUCACAGUCAUAACAAUAGCAACAAUCAUAACAACAACAGUAGUAACAACAAUAGCAAUACAUCGAGUGUGAAGCAGACGGAAAUCUCGAAGACCGACAUGUAUGUCCCUCUUUCAAGUCCUGGUACGGAUUACUGGCACGCGCGGAAUCCAGUUGCCGAUCAGGUGUUCAUUACAGACGUGACGGUAAAUUUGAAGACCGUUACCAUCAGGGAGUGCAAGACUGAAAAAGGAUUCUUCCGGGAAAGGGAUCCAAAGAGCGAUAUCUAUUAACGAUCUUUAAAUAAGGACGCUUUAAUGCGAAUUUCUAAUACUGAACCAGCUUGUAAAUAUAAAUUAUUUUCACACGUUGAAGUGUAGAGUCGAAAAUGCUGAACAUAUAUAUACACACACACACAUAUACGUAUAUAUCUAUGUAUGUAUAUACAUACAUACAUAUACUAUGUAUGUAAUACAUAUAUAUCUAUGUAUGUAUAUACAUACAUACAUAGAUAUGUAUGUAUUGACAGUAUCGAGCUAUAUAUAUAUGGACUUUUUCUAAAAAAAGUAAAACGGACUCUUUUUUGGUGAUUACGAAGAGGAUGAUCGAGGUUAUGUGUAAUUACAAAGAAAUUGUUCAACUCGCAGUUUCCUAGAACAAGAUGUUACGUGAACCUAAAAUUGGACGUGGAUUUGUUUGGGGAUAAAAAUUCGAACGGUCAGUUCCGACGUGUCGAAUAGAAAAUUAUCGUGUAAGUCAGCGGAUAAAAGAUAAUAAGGCUAUCGUUACGCGACAAGUAAACGCGAAAGAACAACGGUACAUGAGUCGCUGUCACAUCGUGAUAUACACUUGUACAUUUUAAAGACGCUUGAUAGACCGUAAACACUCUGUACCAAAAUCAGACAAAAAGAAAAUGCAAAAAGAUCUGAAAGAAACAUUUUAGAGGAUAAAUAACAUUUUCUCAUUGAUUGCAUUUCCGCUUGUAUUAGAAUUCUGCAGAAAAAAAAGAUAAAGAAUGGUGGAAUGCCAUUGUAAAUUAGUUAAUUUCAAAUUUUACUAUGAUAAAAUAGUACAGAUCUGGAAAGAAAUAUUUUUCUAAUUCAUUUUUAGAAUAAUCAAAGCAGCUUCGUAGAAGCGUUUUAAGAAAAUACGAAAAAAAUGAAUUUUCGAGUAUAUAGAAACAAGAAUAACAAAAAAGGAACUAAUGUUAUCUUGAUGACGUAUUUCUCAGCAUUAUGAUAUUAUAUUGUAUUUAACUGAUGAAUAUCACUCUCAUUUUUUUCUCUUUUUCUUAGCGAGUAACAUUUUGUCACAAAAAAGAAAAGAAAAGAGGUGUUGUAUCAUUCGUUCGUAGAUUUUAGAUUUGUUUAGAGGCACGAACGCAUUAUUGAUUUUUUUUCAAGUUGUUAUAGCAUCACACUUACACAAACAGACCUACACACAUACACAUACAGUUCAAUGCACAGUGACAAACAAGCUGAAAAAGGGAAGCAAAACGAUGUACGUUAUCAACAACAUAGUACAUGAUAACUUUAUAAUCUAUAUAACAUGUUUUAUAUCGGUUGUCGGUGUUUUUGUUACGAAUCGAUUAAGUAUUGUUUAAACGUGUUAGAUGUUGCAUUUUUUGUAUACCUUCAAAGGUAUCUUUUCUUUCAUUUCCCUUCUUUUCCAUUUGAAUUUAAGGACUGACUGCGUAUUAUACGUUUUCAUACACGCGACAUUUAAUUCCAACGAUAUAUAUAUAUAUACUUACAAAUAUGUAUUUCGAGAAAUAUUUAUGCAUAUCCUUGAGAGAGCGCCAUUUUAUUUUUUUAAGAUGGGUUGUCGACGUGUAUUCACCAAAUAGGAAUGUUCCUACCUCGAAAACGGUCAUCUUGAACAGAGAAUCGAGUACAACCAAAUUCUAACGAUCUUCUAUCCGAACAAUGUAAUUAAUUAAUGUCGUUAAACUUCUUCAAAGAUUGACUCUAUUCUCUUCCUUUUAUUUUAUUUUAUCUUCCUUUUUCUUUAUAACUUCUGCCGCACCGUACAUUUGGCGCGCGUGUGCACCAAUUUCGGAACCAGUAAAUUCGUGAUACAGGUUAUUGUAUAAGCGUAAAUCUUAAAAGGAAAAAAAUACAUAUACGUUGCUUAUUUAUUGUAACUAAUAUAAAAACAAAGAAAAGUUUUUUUGAUUUUUACAUUCUUAGUAUAGUAUUAGAGACUAUGCGCACAAUACGUCCCAUUUUAUGAGAAAAGAACGAGCCUCGUUCGAAAGAUUUUUCUUCUCUGUCGUACAUUAAAAUUGAUUAACUAUAAUUUAAAAUGAUAAAUCGACGAUACAUUGGUAACAAAUGUUUCAUAUUUCUUCUUUUUUUCUGAUUGACUAUGUACGAUCUAUUUGCAAGAGAAAAUAACUCAGAAUUAUAACGAUUUAUCUUUUUAAACGAGAAAAGAAAAUGGGACUGUCUGUGUGCACUUAGGUCGCGCGAUUUCUUGCAAUUCGCAUUUGCAAGGAAUUUUAAAUACACGUUUAUUAAAUUGUUGUGUAAUGUAAACCAAUACACUCUGUAUAUUGAGAGAGAAAUAUUCUGUAAAAAUUGUAAAUAGUUGAACACUUACAAUUCUAUGAUAACGGAGCGAUUUUAGAGCGAGAGUGAGAAUGAAAGAGAGAGAGAGAGAGAAAACGCGUAGCUUUAGACCUUUCAGUUUAUCAUAAUUGUAAAUAGAGAAACGGAAAGCAAGAAACCCCUUUAAGUUGUAAAUGUAAGAAUCGCAGAACUGCAGAUCUAGGAGAAAAAUCCUUUUUAGCUUUAGAGACUUUGAGAUAGACUGUGCGCGUACCUUCAAUAUUGUUUCUGUACUUAUAGAAAUAUUCAGAUUCUACUUAUAACGAUUUAAAAAAAAAAACAGAUGAAGUCAACACAGAUACACACAUACCGACACAAGGAGAGAGGAAAAAAUGUGAAAAGAUAACCCAGCGAUUACGCAGGCAUAUACGAUGUGAACCCCGGUAGUACCAAAUUUAAACGGUAAUUUUAGUUCUGUCUGGUACAGAUUCCUUAUAUUUCAAUAAAAUCUUUAUUUGAAUU